CAGUUACAAAGAUAAUGUUUUUUAUGCACUUUUUAAAAGGUGGUUUAUGAUCAUUUGUCAUCAACGGAUAAAAAGUUGGAUAUCUCUGUGAAAAUAAUGGAGCAAAUCAACUAUCAAGCAUACUUACGUUGAAGUCAACGGAUUAAAGCUCCAUGUGGCUGAGAUCGGAUCCGAUUCAUCACCGGCUGUCGUUUUUCUACACGGAUUUCCGGAGAUAUGGUACACGUGGCGCCAUCAAAUGAUUGCUGUUGCAAACGCCGGUUUCAGAGCCAUUGCACCCGAUUACAGAGGAUACGGACUAUCCGACAUCCCUCAACAACCCGAGAAGACCUUAUUCGCUGAUCUGGUCAACGAUACUGCCUCCAUUCUAGAUUCUCUCGCCAUUUCUAAGGUGUUUGUGAUUGGUAAAGAUUUUGGAGCAAUGGUUGGCUACGCAUUUGCACUUUUUUACCCUGAGAAAGUUGCAGGAACGGUAACACUUGGGGUGCCAUUUCUGCCACCUGGUUUUCAUGAGAGUCAUCAAGCCCUCCCUGAAGGUUUCUACAUAAGAAGAUGGAAGGAACCAGGAAGAGCUGAAGCUGAUUUCGGUCGGUUUGAUGCGAAAACAGUGGUGAGAAACGUCUACAUUAUGUUCUCUAAAAGUGAAAUACCGAUAGCCAGUGAAAACCAGGAGAUAAUGGAUUUAGUUGACCCGUCGGUCCCUCUACCCUCUUGGUUCACAGAGGAGGACCUUUCAGCAUAUGGGGACUUGUAUCACAAGUCUGGAUUUCAAACCCCACUCCAAGUUCCUUACAGGUAAUU